AUGUCGGCCGUACUCGUGAUCGUCGUGUCUGUGGCAGCAGCUCACGUUGUCCAUGGCGUUCUGCCGUACCAGAAUACCCAUCUUGGCUGGAGCGCUCGGGUGGAUGACCUCGUCGGUCGUAUGACCUUGGAGGAGAUUCAAGUCCAAUUGGCCAGUGGUCACGGUGAGUCUCCACCAAUCAAACACCUGGGAAUCGAUAACUACUCCUGGUGGACCAACUGCGGCCGUGGGGAUGUCGCGAGGAACGCUACCGGCUUUCCUCAGUUUAUAGGACUGGGAGCCUCCUUUGAUGCGGACCUAGUGUACCGGAUCGCGGAGGCCACGAGUAUUGAAGUGCGGGCCUAUCACAACUACUUCGUGGCGCACCAUGAACGUAUCAACAUCCACAGAGGCAUCAGCUGCUUCAGCCCCAACGUCGACGUCUUCAGAGACCCCCGGUGGGGCAGGGGACAGGAGACUUUCGGGGAGGACCCCUUCCACGUCGGGGAGCUCGGCUACAUCCACGUGAAAGGUCUCCACGGAAAGGACCACCGCUACCUGAGGACCAGUGCUGGGUGCAAGCACUACAUUUUGUCGGGAGGCCCUGAAGACUGGCCAGUGAACAGGCACGAAUAUGACCCCACGUAUAUCCAUCACAGCGUCAACGGCGUCCCGGCGUGUGCCAACAAGGAGAUCCUGACAGACAUCCUCCGAGGAGAAUGGAACUUUGACGGUUACAUUAUAGCUGACUCGGGCGAGAUCAAGAGCAUGAUCACAAAGCGUCAUUACUUCCACACCAAGAUGGAGGCCGCCGUUGCCUGUCUGAAGGCUGGUUGUAACAUUGAAGUGGAGAGAGACUCUGAUAGGGUGUAUCUGACGUUAGCUGAUGCGGUCAAGCAAGGCAAAAUAUCCGAGACGUUUGUCCGGGACCAGAUGAAGCCUUUGAUCAACACACGAAUGAAGUUGGGGGAUUUCGACCCUCCCAGCAUGAACCCGUACAGCAAGCUGUCCAUAAACAAUGACGUGUUGACCAAGGACCACAUCGCUAUUGCCCUCGAGGCAGCCAUGAAGAGCUUUGUCCUGCUGAAGAAUCAAAACAACUAUCUACCUAUCAGGAAUAAACUGAAUAAAAUUGCUUUGUCGCUCUGUACGACCAAGAAACCAAACCACAUGGUCUGGUUCCCGUAA